AUGAAAUAUUCAAUUUUGUAUUAUGAACCGGAACUGAGAGAAAACCUCAAAACACCAGAAAACGUUCAUUCUACAGAAGCAAAUGUGCCCCCAUCUUUACACAAUCUAAACCUUUCCUCAACUUCAUCAGCAACAUUUGAAGGGCUAAGACCCUUUCCGAAAGCGGCGCCACUUUUAGAAAAUAGAAGAAAUAUUCGGAAACAUAAAAGUACUAUAUAUACCGACACCCCGGAAAAAAUACAAAGGACAGAAUCGAAAAAGGAAAAGGGAAGGGCAAAGGAAAAGGUAAAGGAAAAGGAAAAGGUAAGGAAAAGUAACGGAUAAAGUUGAUGAGAUUGCUGAUGACACCGUCGAUGAAAAUGACGGUAAUGCUAUAGAUUCAGAUGACGAGAGUACGAUUUGCUUAGAGUGCACUAAAUCCUACGUCGAUAGUGUUCCAGGCGAACAAUGGAUUCAGUGCAUAGCUUUAAUACACAACUUACAGCUUAGACCUCCCGUAAUGUUAUCCCUGAAGCAGAUUUUACAUCACAUCAGAGCCAAACAUUUAUAACUGAAGCCUCAGGACGUUUAGGCAACACGUACAAGAAACGAGUUCACAAA